AUGGCCAUUCGAGUUCUGGUCACUGGUGCUGCUGGGCAAAUCGGCUAUGCAAUUGUGCUGCAGAUUGCCAAGGGCGAUGUUUUUGGACCUGAAACGCCGAUUGUUCUUGUGAUUUUCGAUAUACCACCAAUGCAAGCAGCUCUCGAGGGUGUGCAGUACGAACUAUACGAUUGCGCCCUGCCCACUUUGCAAGAUGUAAUUGUAACAACGAACGAGGAGGAAGCCUUCAAGGAUUUGGAUUACGCAUUUCUCAUCGGUGCUAUGCCACGGAAACAGGGCAUGGAACGCAAAGAUCUGCUUGCUGCAAAUGUUAAAAUUUUUAAAUCACAAGGAAUGGCGCUUGCCAAGUAUGCUAAACCAUCCACCAAGGUUCGGCUACUUUCCUCAAAAUAUCGUUUCGUUUGA